CCUGUACUGGUGACUGUACGUGUACGACGCGUCAGACGGUUCCCGGAUGUACCGAACACUAAAAUGGACCGGGUGGUGGUGGAAGUACCGAUCAACAACGGAUAUUCCCUAGCUGGUCCCUCCACCACCCCACGAAAGCGUCAGGUGCGUUUUUCAGCCCGUCAUGACAUCAUCCUUCUGCGGGAGGUUAUCACCCAGAACCCAUUCUCCUCCAAAGAACCAGGACGGAUCUGGGCCCGUGUGGGGGAGAUAAUAACUGCAGCACUCCAAGAUGAAAACUUUGAGGUGGAUGCCAGACGGUGCAGAGAAAGGACCAUGCUGCUGCUGGACUACUACAAGAAACAAGACUUUCCCAGUCUGCGCAGGUUUGGAACAGAGAGGUUGUAUGCUCAGAAGGAGGAUUUGCUGCAUGAGGUUUUGGAGCUGGAGGCUGAGAAGGGGCUUGUGGUCAGCGGGGAAAACACAAAAUACCAGGACGACGAGCAGAGAAAGCGAGCUAUAGAGGAACUAAGUUUGCCAGAGCAAGACAAACCCAACAUCCCACUCUCACCUGCUGCAGAACCAGAAGAGGAGAGGGAAGCAAUGGCAGAUCUUUCAGCUGCACCCAUGGCCAAACGUCCAUGCCAGUGCUGCUGCCAGACCUACUCUGAGAUCCUCAGCUUCCUGGAGAAACGAUCAGAGGCUGAGCAACGGCUUCGAGAGGAGGAGCUUGCCCUGCGUCGAGAGGAGCUAGAGAUUCAAAGGAGUAAGAUUGCUCUUGAGAGGGAACGUCUGGGAGCUGACAGGAAGGAAAGAGAAAGGAGAUUUGAGCUGGAGAGCCAGGAGAGACAGGUCAUCUUGGACCUACUGAAAGAGAAGGUGUUGAAAGGCUGACUUCCCUAAAAAUAAGAAGAAAGCAUGUAAAGCUUGAAGUUCAACAGGUGGAUGUUUCCGGCAGCAUAUGGACUUGGUGAAAUAACCAAACAAAAUCUGGCUGGGUUGGUGACAUGACUUUCUUAAGUUCCUAGAAAAGUCACACAACAGCUGAUCUAAACCGAUCUCAACAGAAACUCUCUGUGUGGAAUUCCUCAUGGCUUGGUCUGCAUGAAGAUUUAAAAGAUUUACUGCAAUGUUGUCCCAGGAAAGGAAUGCAGGAAAAGGUGUGGUGACAUGUCUUUUACUUAAGGUGUGGCGAUCCCCUGAGCCAAAACUGGCACACAGGUUCAUAAUGCACCAGAAUAACCUGCAGCACAAAACAGGGAGACGCUUUUAAGUACCUUUGAUCCUGUUUAAAGUGUAAGGAACAAAAACCUAUGUUAUUUAAGGUUAGGGAAAAAGUAGGACAUGCUGUUUUAUUUAACAUCUGAUGUUAUAUAAAUAGUGCAGCUCAAAAAUUGUGUAGCAUUUAAAGGGAUACUUCAACAUUAUGGCAAAUUCG